UGUGUGAUGCGGCGGCUGCGUUGUGGUAGCCAGGAGUCGUUGCUAAGCACCGGCUGCGUGUCGUCUCUGGAGCUCAGAAUGGACCAAUCAGUGAUCAUCAAACCGGUUCACUCGUCCCUCCUGGGACAGGACUACUGCUUCGAGGUAACCACCACCACGGGAACAAAGUGCUUCUCAUGUCGUUCAGCGGCAGAAAGAGAUAAAUGGAUGGAGAACCUGAGACGAGCCGUUCACCCCAACAAGGACAACAGCAGGAGGCUGGAGAACGUCCUGACGGUGUGGGUGAUCGAAGCCAAAGACCUGCCCGCCAAGAAACGGUACUUCUGCGAGCUGUGUCUGGAUGACAGUCUGUACGCACGGACUUCAUGUAAACUGAAGACGGACAACAUAUUUUGGGGUGAGCGUUUCGACUUCAGCAGCCUGCCGUCCAUCAGCGCUGUCACGCUGCAUCUCUACAAAGACACUGACAGGAAGAGGAAGAAGGACAAGAGCAGCUACGUCGGGCUGGUCAACAUCCCUGUCGCCAUGGUGACGGGCAGACAGCUGGUGGAGAAGUGGUACUCAGUGAGCACGCCCAGUACCAGCCGGGGUAAGUCGUCGGUGCCGACAGUUCGGAUCAAAGCUCGCUACCAGAGCAUCGUCAUCCUGCCAAUGGAGCAGUACAAAGAGUUCGCCGAGUACAUCAGUUCCAACUACCUGCUGCUCUGCAACACGCUGGAGGCCACCAUCAGUCUGAGGGCCAAAGAGGAGCUUGCCGCCGCGCUCGUCCACAUUCUGCACAGCACCGGGAAGGCCAAGGACUUCCUGACAGACCUGAUGAUGUCAGAGGUGGACCGUUGCCGUGACAAUGACCAGCUGAUCUUUCGAGAGAACACGCUGGCAACAAAAAGCAUCGAAGAAUACCUGAAGCUGAUUGGACAGAAGUACCUGCAGGAUGCACUCGGUGAGUUCAUCAAAGCUCUGUAUGAGUCUGAUGAGAACUGUGAGGUCGACCCAUCUCGCUGUGCGACCUCUGACCUCUCGGAGCAUCAGGCAAACCUGAGGAUGUGCUGCGAGCUCGCCUUCUGCAAGAUCCUCGACUCCUACAGGGUGUUCCCGCGGGAGCUGAAGGAGGUGUUUGCAUCAUGGCGACAAGAGUGCAGUAACCGGGGACGACCAGACAUCAGUGAGCGGCUCAUCAGCGCCUCAUUGUUCCUGCGCUUCCUGUGUCCCGCCGUGAUGUCACCGUCGCUGUUCGACCUGAUGCAGGAGUACCCCGACGAGCGCUCAGCAAGGACGCUCACGCUCAUUGCCAAGGUCAUCCAGAACCUCGCAAACUUCAGCAAGUUUGGGACAAAGGAGGAGUACAUGCUGUUCAUGAAUGACUUUGUGGAGCGUCAGUGGAGCAGCAUGCAGCGUUUCCUGCAGGAGAUCUCCAACCCUGACGGUCUGAACCACACGGCUGGCUUUGACGGAUACAUCGACCUCGGCAGGGAGCUGUCCUCACUGCACACGCUGCUAACCGAGCUCGACCAGGUAACUGCACACCUGCUGACCAGGUAA